UAUGACAUCAUCGCAGCGAACCAUUCUGAAAAUAUCGACUGCUUAAGACUGCCCGUUGCCUUGGAAAUAUACCGUAAAGUCGGCAGAGUUAAUACUGACGUUUAACCCGAAGAUUGCUACUUGAAAUUUAAUCUGUUAAAAUGGCACAAGAAGUCGAGGAAACCAUGAAGCGUAUUCAAUCCCACAAGGGAGUGGUUGGAACGAUUGUAGUCAACUCUGAAGGAAUUCCAAUAAAAUCGACGUUAGACAACACGACAACAAUUCAAUAUGCAGGGUUGAUUAGUCAGCUUUCCGACAAAGCUCGUUCAGUGGUACGUGAUCUGGAUCCCACUAAUGAUCUCACUUUCUUGCGAAUUCGAAGCAAGAAGCAUGAGGUGAUGGUCGCCCCGGACAAAGAAUUCAUACUUAUAGUUGUGCAAAAUCCUGUCGAUUGACAUAACAAACAAUUUCUGCGCUCCAUUUGCGUCUUGCAUGCAAUUUUGUAAUACGAAACUUAUAUCAGCAACAGCUGCUGUAAUUAGACACUAAAGCUUAAUUUAACUGUGAGCACGCUGCUAUAAAUUUAAACUGUUCUUCUCAUCAUCUCGCGUUUUCUAUUGCUCUUGUCAAACUGUUGGCACAAUUUUAAAUAAUUUAUAUAGAUUAAUUGUCCAUUAUGUAUUGUUUCUAAUUUAUUUCAAUGUAAGAAAAUGUUGGUGAGUUUAAAAUUGUUGAGUGUAUGUCGACGAUAUUUGAUAUAAAUAAAGUUUAUUAUAAAUA